ACUGUUCCAGUCAAUAUGCCGACUUUGGAUGCUCCAGAAGAGAGGCUGAGAAAAUUUAAGUACCGAGGCAAAGAUGCAUCUAUGAGGCGGCAACAGCGGAUGGCAGUCAGCCUGGAGCUCCGGAAGGCCAAGAAAGAUGAGCAGGCCUUAAAGAGGAGAAAUAUCACCAAUGUCUCCUCUGACCCAGCUUCUGAACAACUAACCAAAGGAGUCAGCCUCAACCUGCAAGAAAUAAUCAAUGGUGUGAAUGCCUCAGAUCCAGACCUAUGUUUCCAGGCCACCCAGGCAGCCAGGAAAAUGCUGUCCCGUGAAAGGAACCCUCCUCUAAAACUGAUUGUUGAAGCCGGGCUCAUUCCCAGGCUGGUGGAGUUCCUGAAGUCAUCACUUCACCCCUGCUUGCAGUUCGAGGCAGCCUGGGCUCUGACCAACAUUGCUUCUGGGACUUCAGAGCAGACUCAGGCGGUUGUGGAAAGUGGGGCCAUCCAACCUUUGGUUGAGCUCCUGUCUUCCCCCCACAUGACUGUGUGUGAACAGGCAGUGUGGGCCCUUGGUAAUAUAGCAGGUGAUGGCCCAGAAUUCAGAGACCUGGUUAUCUCGAGCAAUGCCAUUCCACAUCUGCUGGCCCUGGUUUCAUCAACCAUACCUAUCACAUUUCUGCGGAACAUCACAUGGACUUUGUCCAACCUUUGCCGAAACAAGAGCCCUUACCCCUGCAAGAGAGCAGUGAAGCAAAUGUUGCCCGUGCUCUUCCACCUCCUGCAGCAUGAAGAUGGCGAGGUUCUCUCGGACACCUGUUGGGCCCUGUCCUACCUCAGUGAUGGCUGUAAUGAGCGCAUCGGCCAAGUGGUAGACACGGGUGUCCUACCCAGGCUGGUCCAGCUCAUGACCAGCUCAGAGCUCAAUAUCUUGAUCCCCUCUCUCCGCACCGUGGGGAACAUUGUCACAGGAACAGAUCACCAGACCCAGGUGGCCAUUGACGCGGGCAUCCUGAACGUGCUGCCCCAGCUCCUGAUGCAUCCCAGGUCUUCCAUCCAGAAGGAGGCGGCUUGGGCCUUGAGCAAUGUGGCCGCAGGGCCCUGCCAGCACAUCCAGCAGCUGAUUGCUUGUGGCAUGCUGCCUCCCUUGGUGGCUCUGCUAAAAAAUGGAGAAUUUAAAGUCCAGAAAGAGGCUGUUUGGACCGUGGCAAACUUCACAACUGGAGGCACCAUAGACCAGUUGAUCCAGCUUGUCCACUCUGGAGUCUUGGAGCCACUGGUGAAUCUGCUUACCAUCCAAGACCCCAAAAUUGUUACCAUCAUCCUUGAUGUUAUCUCUCUUAUCCUCAAGGCAGCAGAGAAGCUUUCAGAGAAGGAAAACAUGUGUCUCCUGAUAGAAGAAAUCGGUGGUGUUGAUAAAAUUGAGGCCUUGCAACUUCAUGAGAACCCUCAGGUUGCCCUGACUGCUUUGAACAUUAUCGAGAACCAUUUUUGUGAGGGAGAAGAAAAUGGCACAAUAUUACCAGCCCUGGACCAAGAUUGUGAAUUCUUAAACCACUUAACAAAAAAUUACCAAGGCCCCACGACUUCUAAACCAAGGACCACACCCUAA